AUUCGGUGACGUUACAUCGCCUCAUGUUACUUUUUCUUGCUUACUUUUAUCUUGCCCUUCCCACCCUUCUUUUUCCUUUUCUUUCCUCCCUCUUACCCUUCCCCUCCAGUCCCAUGAACUCUUCCCCUCCUUUCCUCCUUAAAAUUUCAGCCCCUUCAACUUCACCUCAAGCAGACUGCCCUAACAACUACUCCUUCCCUCCUGAGUCUCCGUCGUCCUGCAGGAAAGGAUUCACCCCUGUUCUCACUCUCGAGGUGCCUGUGGCGCCCGGGAAAGACUUCAACGACCACCUUUCCUGUAAUGCUGGCCUUUCUCCAAAUGCAGGCAACAGAUUCACCAACCCCCCUUACUCUAGAGAACCUUUCUCUUGCCUCACCAUUUCUUCUCCGUGCUUACCUCGACGGAUCCCCACCCCGCCCCCUCCGCCCCCAGUCCUCUCCUCCCCACCCCCACCGGAGAGGUGCCCCUUUGAACCCUUUUCUCCACUCCUAGGAAGGCUGUACAGACAAGAGCCAGCUGGUUCAUCCUCUCCUUGUUUUGACCGAUUCAGCCUUCAGGGGUCACCCUCUCCUCAUCAGCGGAACCUAUGUUGCAACUAUAUUGAUUCCCCAGAAUCUCAGCGUUCAUGCCCUCCAAGUCCGCGUCUUUGUUAUGUGACUUCCCCACCUCUCAUUCAUCAGGCCCCUAGAGCCAGCCCAGUAACUUCCCCUGAACUUACUCAUAUAACCUUGGAGACAGGCCCGGUGAUUUCGACUCCCCUUAUGCCAGGGUCCCAGGGAAAUUACUCCAUCAUUUCACCUCUUCUUACCCAUCGGCCCCUGAGACCUGGCCUUGCAAUUUCACCUCCCCUUGCUCACCGAUCUGUGGAAACUAGACCUCUAACCCCUGCAUCCAUUUCUCACCGAGGGCCCCACUGUCCCUCUAGAAGAAGUUACAAUGAUCCUCCCCUUUCUUCAGCAUCUUCCCCACCCUCUGGCAACCCUUACCACGACAACCCUAUGCCUCCAAACUCUUGUGAACCUAAACCACAGCUUGAUGUACCUCUUGGGAAAAAUGGCUGUGGCCCUCCACUUUCUUCUCAGGCAGGCAUGUCUGGCUCUCCCAUCUCACCUCAAGAGGGCUGUAUUCAUUAUUCCCAUUUAUGCCCAGAUUCCCAGAUAUCUGCCCCUAGGAGUCCUUUCUGUGUUAUCAACCUACCACCUGAGAGUGCUGGUUCUCCUAGCUCAUCCCUGCCUCAGGCUCUCCAGAAGCCCUGUGUAGGGUCCUUUCUGUGGGAGCCUGGGGGGAACUCUUACCUCUUACUAACCCCAGGUACUAUAAUUUCUGGUCCUUCCUGCACCACAGGACCACCUCUUCCUCAGUGUCCUAAUCCUUCCCCGUAUUUCCCAUCUCCCCUGAACAACCAGUGUGUAGCUCCACCUCAGUCACCCAGAGGUUAUAAUGAACCCCGCCCUCCUACCUCAGCUCCCCCUCAAAUGAAGUCCCCCAAAUCCCCUGAAUCACGACGCAAUCCCUACAAGUGUCGGUCCCUAGACAAUACACCCCACCACACUCCUCCUAGCCAUUCUAAAUCCCAUAAGACCAACACCUGUCCUCAGCCUCCCUCCCAGUCCUUUGGCCUCUUUAGUCCAUGUAUGGAGCCAGCCAUCACAACUACUUCAAAUUCCUGCCCAAAAGAACCUCCCCCAGAGACCGCUGUCCUCAAAACUGUUGCUCCUACUUCCUGUCCUCAUAGCUCGCCUUGUAAUCCUGCUUUGCCCAGUAGAUAUCCUAAGAGUAGUCCCCACGUACCACCUCCAGUUUCCCCCUGCAAUACUCAUAUGUAUUCUGUGGUUCCUCCCACCUCCCAUUUAUCCCCACUCUCUAGUCCCCUAAAUCAGUCUAUACCUCUCCCUCAGCCUGCGGUUCUCCCUUGUGGCACUUAUUCUGCUCCCAGGGGUCCGCCAUCCCAUAUCAAGUCUGUGGCGCCUCCUUGUUCCACCCACAUCUAUUCUUUUAUCCCUUUGAGAACACCCUUUGACCCCCGAUGUUUACCUGUUGUCCCUCGAGCUCGGUUUUGCCCCACUACUGUUCCCUGUGGCAUUCAUACCUAUGCUGUGACUUCUCCAGUCCCACUGAACAAUCCCUCCCAGAUCCCCUACAGCUGUUCUUUGCCUCCAUCCAAGACCUCCUCUACCUGUAGCACUUCUGUCAGUUCAACUAUUGUUUGUAGUGACUAUCAAAGUAGUGACAGCCAGAUUAACCACCAAAACAAAAGUCAGAGCCCAAACAAGAACAGCUCCCUUCAUAAUCAAAGCAAGAGUCCCCUAAGAAGGGGUGCCUUUCAGAGCAGAAGUCGGAGCCGGAGCAGUAGUCCUCUCCAAAGCAGUACUCAGGACCGUAAUGAGAGUACCAACAUGGGUGUCAAACACCAUAAGAGAAGUCGGAAGCAAAGCCAGAGUCCUGCAGAUGGUAAAAUUGAAAGCCAGAGCAAGAGUCUCCAGCAUAGGAAAAGUGUGGGACAGAUUAAGAGUCCUCACAGUAAGAAGAAAUAAUGACCAGAAUGCAUGUUCUGACCAGAACAAAAACCCAGACGAGGGUAGAAGGUGCAUUAACAAGACUGCCAUCAGUAGUAUCUCAGUUGUUACAAUGAGGGCCAACUCCUCGUCUGAAGUCUUCAGUUCUUUUUUCAAUCUGACUCAAGUCCUUCACUGUUGGCCAAUAGCAGUCAUUCUUCUUUAAUUCUUACCUAAAGAUUCUGUGAACUGUCUUUAUUCUGCCUUCCUGGGAAACCUAAAACCUCUCAGCUCUAUAAUUCUGUGCAUUACGUCGUCCAGUCACUGCAUUAUCUUAGUUCUUCCUUUGGUAGGCAGAAGCAAGAUGCAAAGAUAGGAGAGAGCACUGAGUGGACUUGAAUUUGCCUUGGAGGUCUGAGGCUACCACAGAACCACAAUUCACGGCCAGUCGGCUUGCUCUGCAGAAUUUUGACAUGACCUACAGUGUACAGUUUGGGGAUCUUUGGCCAUCAAUCCGUGUUAGUCUUCUCUCAGAGCAGAAGUAUGGUGCAUUGGUCAAUAAUUUUGCUGCUUGGGAUAGUGUGAGUGCUAAGCUGGAGCAGCUGAGUGCCAAGGACUUCGUCAGUGAAGCCAUCUCUCACCAGAAACUGGAGCCUGAGAGUGGCCUCUCUCCAACUCCAUCCCUGGACUGCAGCCCAAAUCUUCGAUGCUUCACUUUUUCCAGAGGGGACGUCAGCCGCUUUCCUCCUGCCAGACUUGGCAGCCUGGGUCUCAUGGACUACUACCUGAUGGAUGCUGCCUCCUUGCUCCCUGUCCUGGCUCUUGGUCUGCAGCAUGGAGACACUGUGCUUGAUCUGUGUGCUGCUCCUGGGGGCAAAACGCUGGCAUUACUUCAGACGGGUUGUUGCCGUAAUCUAGCUGCCAACGACCUCUCCACUUCCCGAACAGGCAGACUGCAGAAGGUCCUUCACAGUUAUGUGCCUCAAGAUAUUAGGGAAGGGAACCAAGUCCGAGUUACCUCAUGGGAUGGCAGGAAGUGGGGAGAACUGGAGGGGGACACCUAUGAUAGGGUGUUAGUAGAUGUGCCAUGUACCACGGACCGCCAUUCCCUUCAUGAGGAAGAGAACAACAUCUUUCAGCGGUCAAGGAAGAAGGAGCGACAGAUGUUGCCUAUGCUGCAGGUGCAGCUUCUUGCGGCUGGACUCCUUGCCACCAAACCAGGAGGUCACGUUGUCUAUUCAACUUGCUCACUGUCUCACUUACAGAAUGAGUAUGUGGUGCAAGGUGCCAUUGAGCUUCUGGCCAAUCAAUACAACAUCAAGGUUCAAGUGGAAGACCUGUCUCACUUCCGAAAGCUUUUCAUGGACACAUUCUGUUUCUUCCCAUCCUGCCAGGUUGGGGAGCUGGUAAUACCAAACCUCAUGGUCAAUUUUGGACCUAUGUACUUCUGCAAACUGCAUAGGCUGCCAUAGUGCCACCCUGUCCCUGAAGUAGGAAGGUGAUGACUCCAUUGAAACUGAGGCUAGUGGCAGGUGUAUCCCAAGGCCUGUCUCCAUCCAUUACAUCUAAAGAUAGUUGCAAACAGCAGGCAGUAGGGACUGCUGCCCAGCUCUGGAUUAUCAGCAGGUUUCUAACUCAUGUCUCAUGUCUCUUAGCCUCUACUAAGGCCCUUGCUCCAUUAGGGAUUAAGACAGAAUCUGUGAAUGAGCCCAUAGUUUAAGCUGUAAAUUUGGGAAGAAACAUUUAGCCAAUAAAGUUGUUGAAGUGCUCUAAGGGUGGGCCUGCAGUUGGGUACAUCACAUCAGUCUAAGUUCUAUUAUGUUUAUGUGUCAGCUGAAGCCGCCAAGCACACUCUCCAAAGUGCCCAGCCAGGCCUCCAGUCCUCCCACACUGGUGAGUUCCAUUUAAUCAACCCACAGGCCCGCCAGCCUCCCCAAGUGUCUCCAUAUGGCACAUGGUCUAAUUUAAGGAAUAAGUAACUGAAGCGGUUGAGCCUGUGGCUGAUGAUCCUCUUACAGAGAGAGCUUUCCUGAGUGCUCUGGCUCGUCUUCAGAUGCGGCUGCAAAAGCUGCUUGUGGUACAGGUUGGUUUUGUAUGUUUCUUCUUUUAUUUCUUCAUAUAUCAGCAAGUGUUCUGGGAAUUCCUAUAUGACAACUAUGGAGCUGUUAGAGAGAUGGUUGGGACCAUGGUAAAUAGUUGGAUUUCCUCAUCUUCAGAAUGGCAACCUACUUCUUUUCGCUCUCCAAGUACCUCGGAGUUUCCUGACAUUUUAUUUCAAGAGUCUUGAUUUUAUUUCUAGUCUGUGGCCCAGCUCUGGCGCCUGCUUUGGCUCAUCUGCACAUCCUCUAGAGUUCUGAGUUCUUCCACAUAGCAGGCUUUCCUCACACGCGGUGUUUUGGGGUGACAUUACGUAAGGUGACUUGCGUGCUGAUUGUUUUGUAACACUUGUCAGAACAAAGCAACGUUUAGAGCCAGGAAACAGUAAACAUUGCUUAUGGUC